UCACUUGCGAACUUGAGAAUUGAGAUAGAGAAGGAGGAGCAAUUCAUGGCGUAUUGUGAAAUGGGAAGGAUUCGUUCUUGCAUUUUCAAAUCAACAUCGUUCUAAAUCCAGGUUUCGUUUCAACUGUUCUUCAAGCUCUAAGCUUUCAUAUUUUUUUGGUGAAUUAGAAGGAAAUAAAUCAAAGACUGUGAAUAACAUAUACUAUGUAUUGUCAAUUGUCAAAAACCCAAUCUUUUCCCUUGGCUAUUAGGGUCUCUUCAAAGACACCCAAGUGCUUUAAACCAUUCCAUUCAUCAAAUCUCCAAUCUUUUCCAAUUGGGUCUCACUCAAAACUCCCAAAACACCACCUUACAAUGAGUUUUAGAAGUUUCUCAGAUGGUUGUGGUCAUAAAACCCUUGAAAACUUCCAUUUGUUGAAACCCAUGAAUUUUUCAAUUGAAUUUCACAAACCGAGAAAAUUUUCAAGUGGGUUUCGCCUUAAGAGUGCUUUACAGACUUGCUCAUUGAUUGGAGGUAGAGGUUUCUCGAGUUUGAAUACUCAGAAAGUUGUUGAAGAUAGUGGUAAUAGAGUGAGGGCUGAAAAAACCCUUCCUUGGUUAGCAUCACACAAAGCUAAGGAAAGUAAAAGGUUGGAGAAAGCAACAAAUCCGAAAGCUAGUCGGUCUUCUUGGGAGGAAUCAGCAGAGAAGUUCCUAACUGUUGAAAAAAGGGGAGGUAGUUUGGUGGAAAACUGGAAAAAUAAUUUUCGGGACAGAGGUGUUGUGGAAGAAGACGAGGGAGAGGUUGAGGUUGUUGAUGAUCCAAGAUGGGAUAGGAUAAAGAAUAGAUUUAAUAGGUUUGUUGAUGAGAAACCCAGGUCAGAAAGACCUGAGUUUCGGAAGUGGAAUAAGCAGGAAAGUUGGGGUAAAAAGACAUGGAAAGAGGGUACUGAAUCGACGGUGCCUAAGAUGGUUGGUGAAGGGAUUUAUGGGGUUGGACCUGUGUUGGCUGCAUUGUUGGCUGGAAGAAGAGAGUUCUAUGCUUUGUACGUACAAGAAGGGCUUGAUUUGAGUGGUAAUAAUAGGAAGAAGAAGGACAAGAAAGGGUUCGAGAGAGUUUUGAGGGUAGCUGAAAAGAUUGGCUUAAGCAUAAAAGAAGUUUCGAAGCAUGACCUGAAUAUGGUAGCUGAUAAUCGCCCACAUCAAGGCCUAGUGGUAGAUGCUUCUCCGCUGGAGAUGGUGGGCAUCAAGGAAUUGGACCCCUUUCCAGUGGAGGGAGAAAAGGAUUCACUUUGGGUUGCCUUGGACGAGGUUACAGAUCCUCAGAAUUUGGGAGCAAUUAUUAGGUCUGCCUACUUUUUUGGAGCUUCGGGGGUGGUGUUGUGUGCAAAGAAUUCAGCGCCAUUGAGUGGUGUUGUAAGCAAAGCAAGUGCAGGCUCAUUGGAAUUAAUGGAACUUAGGUCUUGCAAGAAUAUGAUGCAAUUCUUAGUAUCGUCUGCUGAAAAUGGUUGGCGGGUUCUUGGAGGUUCAGUAUCUUCUAGAGCCAUUCCUUUAAAUGAGGUUGAGCCUGGUGCACCCACAAUUCUUGUAUUGGGGAGCGAGGGCACUGGUUUGAGGCCAUUGGUAGAGAGGUCGUGCACUCAGUUGGUUAGGAUCCCUGGAAGCAUUCCAGUGGAUAUAAAUGCAGGAUAUGAAAAUGGGGAAACUUCAGGAAUAGAUCGUGGAUGCUCAGGUGAAGAGUUCCGGUCCUUUCUGGCUGUGGAGAGCUUGAAUGUCAGUGUUGCAGCAGGUGUGCUUCUUCAUCAUUUGAUUGGAAGCAACUAUAACAAUGACCAACUAGGAGAUAGGGAAAGUAAUUUACUUGAAUGAGAAUUGAUGGUGCUUGUUUUGGGGUUUUUGCUUCAGUAAUUUUUCUGUGUUCUGUUGGCCAAGUACUUUUUCCAAUACAUGAUUGUAGUUGGGACUAUAUUGAAGUUACUGAAUGUAGGCUUACAUUUCCAAUUCUAUUUCCAUCACUUGGUAGGAUAUAACUAACAAUUGAUUUGGUCAAUAGCACUUUAGCAGCUCUGCACUUUCAUGAAUUUCCAUGGCCUUUGGCACCUGAUA